AUGGGCAAGAGGAAACGAGCAGCUCGUCCUCAAGCAAAGAACGACGAGGACGAUGAAAUCAAAACCAGGAAAGCAUCGUCAAUAAACAAGAUCCAGACUUGGGACGACGUGGAACUGGAUGAUGAAGAUCAAUGCAAGUUCGCCGCUCAGAGAGACAUUAUUCGGUUCGACACCCAACCUGAACAAGGUUCACAUUCAUUCUUGUCCGUUCUUUCAGCAAAAUUCUUACAUUCAUGCAUCUUUGAUCCAGAUGACGACAUCCAAUCCGACGAAGAAGUAUUGCCUUUAGACUUGGAACAAGACGAUGCCGACACUGAUCUGGAUGAAGAUAAUCUGGCUGAAGACGACGAGCACUUGCUCAAAUUGACUCGGGCCAUGCGUCCUAACGCUGUUGAUAGUGACGAAGAUGACGAGGACCGCAUCUCCAAAGACGCAAAGGAUGAUGCUAGUGUGUGGGGCAAAUCUCGGUCAGUCUAUUACGACGCUGAUGAUGUGUCGGACGAUGAAGAAAAAGCCAAGGAGGAAGAAGAUGAAGCUCUGCGCAUUCAACGUCAGAGAGUGUCGAGAAUGCGCGAAGAAGACUACAUGGAUGAUUUUACCGAUAGUUUCAAGUCUAUACUGCAUCAAAUACCCGUGACGACAUCAGUCAAUAUUGCCGACAGCAAACACACUGCAAUAAAGUCUGAUCACGCUGAUCUGACACCUUCAAUGAAGAAGGUGUCAAAAUGGCUGUCCAACAACACUGAAAAUCAUCCCAACACUGGUGUAGCCAAAACCCUGUUAAUGAACAUCAUGUUUUAUACCAUGUUGAAGGGAGACCCACAAGUGGAGUCGAAACUCUUGGACAAGGUGUAUCAUGUCGUCCAAGAUCUCCAGAAUGUAUGGGAACAUCAGAAGGUUGAUGUGCCUGUAGCCGAGGAAGCCCCCGUAGCUGUGACUAAAGAGGUACAUGUGAAUAAAGAGGUCAAGCCAGCCAAAAGCCAGAAGAGGAAGGAAAAGCCGAGACCAACAGUCCUAGAUAUAGUGAAUCAACCCGAACAACCAGACGAAGAAUUCACCAUACCAGUCAUUGCCAAAAUACGUAAAUCUUCUAAACGUACUGUAAAGAACGGCGAUGAUGUGCUUAAUCCAUUUGAGGUGGAUGAAGUCGAAUUCAAGGAACGAGAGGCUAGUAGACGUAUCUCUCAAUUCUUGGCUCCAGGAAUGGACGUUGCUGAUAUCAAAAAAUCCAAGAAGCGACUAGUCAUGACUGGAGAUCAGGAUAUACCAUACAGAGAUCCAAAAACAGGUCGUGUCAUUCUUCCAGAAGAUCCAAUCGCAACCGCCAAUGCAAACAAGUCAGAUCCAAGGCUCAAACAGAGUCGUAAACAUGAUUUAGAAAUAGUUGACUCGUCGCCUUCCGUGUCGAAAGUCGCCAAACCAACGAGCAUCGUGCAGUCAAAGAAGAGCGAGUACGAGGAAGAUGGAGAGGAGUAUUACGAGGCCCUCAAGGCUUCCAAGAUUGAGAAAAAGGCCAAACGAUCCUUCAAUCCUGAUGACUGGUUGUACGAUGAUGCGACUGAAGAAGUUAUAGCAGCAGAUGGAAAACGUGGCAUCAGUUGGAAUAUUCUAACCAACAAAGGUCUCACUCCCAAACGGAAGAAGGAGCAACGUAAUCCACGUGUAAAGAAACGAAAACGAUUCGAAACGGCAAUGAAACGGUUGUCUUCUUUCCGUCGUGUGGCAGUGGAUAAGUCUAAAGUAGGUGCUUAUGGUGGUGAAGCUACUGGAAUCAAGUCCGGCCUCGUCCGCAGUAUUAAAUUUUCGUAG